AUGGAUCUCCUGGGAGCCGUCGCCCUGUUCCUGGUCAUCUGCCUGUCCUGCCUCGUGCUCCUCUCCACCUGGCGGCAAAUGCAGGGCCGGGGGCAAAUGCCCCCGGGGCCCCCCCCGCUGCCCCUCCUCGGGAACCUGCUGCAGGUCGAGCUCCGCGACAUGCGCAAGUCGCUGAUGAAGAUCAGCGAGCGCUACGGCCCCGUCUACACCCUCCACCUGGGCCCCCGGAGGGUGGUGGUGCUGUGCGGCUACCAGGCGGUGAAGGAGGCCCUGGUGGACCAGGCCGAGGACUUCGGCGGGCCUGGAGACGUGCCCAAAACUUGGGGCAGAGCGGAGCAGGGGGCGGGAGUGGCCUUCAGCAACGGGGAGAGGGCGAAGCAGCUGCGCCGGUUCUCCAUCACCACACUGAGGAACUUCGGGGUGGGGAAGCGAAGCAUCGAGGAGCGGAUCCUGGAGGAGGCUCAUUUCCUGCUGGAAGCCUUGCGGGGCACGAAAGGUUUGCCCUUUGACCCCACCUACUUCCUGAGCCGCACGGUGUCCAACAUCAUCAGCUCCGUGGUCUUCGGGGACCGGUUUGACUACGAGGACAAGGAGUUCAUUUCCCUGCUCCACAUGAUCAAUGAGAGCUUCCGCUUCACCGCCACGGCCUGGGGGCAGCUCUACGAGAUGUUCUCGGACACCAUGCGCUACCUGCCCGGCCCCCAGCGCGCAGCGUUCAAGCAGCUGGCGGGGCUGGAGAAGUUCAUCGAGAGGAAGGUGAAGGCGAACCAGGAGACCCUGGACCCCAACUCCCCUCGGGAUUUCAUCGACUGCUUCCUGGUCAAAAUGCAGCAGGAAAAGGAAAAUCCUUCCUCUGAGUUUUUCCUGAAGAACAUUGUUCUGACGGCGCUCUCCGUCUUCUUCGCCGGGACGGAGACCGUCAGCACCACCCUGCGCUACGGCUUCCUGCUGUUGCUGAAAUACCCGGAGAUCGAAGAAAAGAUCCACGAGGAGAUCGACCGGGUGAUCGGGCGGAACCGCACCCCGAGCAUGGAGGACCGGAGCCAGAUGCCCUACACCAACGCCGUCAUCCACGAGUUCCAGAGGUUCUGUGACAUCAUCCCCAUGGGCCUGGCGCGCCGGGUGACCAGGGACACCCAGUUCCGGGGAUACACUAUUCCCAAGGGGACGGAGGUGUACCCGAUGCUGGGAUCCGUGCUGUAUGACCCCACGCAGUUCAGCAGCCCCGACACCUUCGACCCCAGCCAUUUCUUGGAUGGGAACGGCCAGUUUAAGAAGAGCGACGCCUUCGUGCCCUUCUCAAUAGGGAAAAGGUAUUGUUUCGGGGAGAUGCUGGCUACCACGGAGCUCUUCCUCUUCCUCUCCAGCAUCCUGCAGAACUUCCGCUUCCGCUCCCCCGUGGAGCCCAAAGACAUCGACAUCUCCCCGAAGCUGGUCGGGUUCGCCACCCUGCCCCGCAGCUACGAGAUGUGCCUGGUCCCGCGCUAG